UUUGUACAGUUAUGAAUUCUUUUUUAUAAUUAUAUUAUCUCUUUAAAUUUUUCAUCUUUAAUUGAAACAAUAAAUAUUUAAUCAUUUUGAAUGUCAACACUAUCAUUAUCAUUGCAGAUGUUGGCUUAUCGUCUUUCCUCAUUGCGAAUAGCAUUGGCUAGAACUUAUUCCACAAAAUUUAAAAAUGACAUUGAAAAUUCACAUCCUAAUCAUAAUCAACAGGACCAGAUUACAACCGAAUCCAUUUUGACAAGAAUUAGAAACUAUUCACAGCUUAAACAAGGAAAAGAUUUUCGUAUCAGACCACCCAUCGUAACCAUAAUGGGACAUGUGGAUCAUGGUAAAACAACUUUACUAGAUUCAAUUCGUAAAUCCGAACUAGUCAAACAAGAGCAUGGUGGUAUUACGCAACAUAUUGGUGCAUUCGUUGUUUCUCUUCAAGAUGACAAAAAUAUACGUAAAAGUCGAAUCGAAGAUCUUGUUGUCUUUCUUGACACCCCAGGCCAUAAAGCGUUUAGUUCGAUGCGUGAACGUGGUGCAUUAGUGACUGAUAUUGUCGUGUUAGUUGUCGCUGCAGAUGAUGGCGUUAUGGAACAAACAAUAGAAUCCAUAUCGUUUGCACAGAAAUCACAGGUUCCCAUUAUUGUUGCCAUUAAUAAGAUUGAUAAAAUCAAAAAUGAUCCAGAUUUGAUUCAAAAUGUCAAAUUUGGACUGAAAUCACACGGUAUUGUCCUUGAAGAGGAUGGUGGUGACAUUCAGUCGAUCAAAAUUAGUGCACUUCAAGGUGAUGGUAUCUAUGAACUAAAAGAAGCAAUCAUUGCUUUAGCUGAAACAUUGGAACUACGAGCACCGAUCGAUGGAAAUGUUGAAGGUUCAAUCAUCGAAUCCAGUAUUCAUCCACAUCGUGGACGUUUGACCACCAUUCUGGUUCAACAGGGAACAUUAAAACGAAGUGAUAUUUUAAUCAGUACAAAUAGCCGCCAUAGUAAUGUAAGCUGGGCGAAAGUACGAGCAAUGUUUGAUGAAUAUGGACAAGUAAUCAACGAAGUUCCACCUGGAUUUCCUGCACAAGUUAUCGGAUGGCGUGAUGAUACAUUACCUGAAGCCGGUGAUCAUAUUUGGCAAUUGAAUUCGGAAAAACAAGUUCGAGAUAUAUUAGGAAUGGGUAAAGAAUUGGAACGACAAAUUCGACAAACAAUCGAUGCAAAAGCUAUCGAACAAAAACGUGAUGAACAUGAUACUGUUUAUAAAGCUGAAUUAGCUGCUAGACGUGAAGCCGGUAUUCGUUAUAAACGUAAACGUUCAUCAAUUCCGCGUACAAAAUUGAUUCAAACUGAAGGCGAUGAAUUAAAAACGAGUAUUGUAUUGAAAGCCGAUGUUAAUGGAAGUUUAGAAGUUUUAUUAGAUUUAUUUGAUUCAUUUCCAAAUGAGACAAGUCCAGCUAAAUUAGAUUUAAUACAUUAUGGUCUUGGCAAUGUUACCGAAAAUGAUAUUGAAUUAGCAUCAUGUUUUCCAAAUGGAAUGAUCUAUACAUUUAAUGUCGGUGUAUUUACACCUGCUUUAUUGAAAAAAGCAAAAGAAUUGAAUAUUUCUAUCAAACGUUUUAAUGUGAUAUAUCAUCUUGUUGAUCAUCUUAAAGAAACAUUACAAGAACGAAUGCCAUUUAUUGAUCGAGAAGAAAUUCUUGGUGAAGCAAUUAUUAUACAAGAAUUUGUUGUAAAUGAAAAAAAGAAAAAAAUUCCCGUUGCUGGAUCAAGAUGUUCGAAAGGAAUAUUGAAAAAGAAUGGUUUAUAUAAAUUAAUUCGAAAUGGAAAGAUUAUAGCUAAAGAUUUAAAAUUAUCAUCAAUGCGUCAUCAUAAAGAUGAAGUGGAUUCAAUUAAAAAAGAUUUUGAAUGUGGUCUAAUGAUUGCCAAUAAUAUUAUAUCGAAUAAAACAAACGAACAAGUUAUUCGAUUUCAACCACAAGAUUUACUUGUUUGUUAUCAGCUAGUAAAUGUUCGUCUUCCGUUACAAUGGAAACCGAAAGGAUUUUAGCCAUCUCAUUGUCAAUUUAUUAAUUUUUUUUUGUCUCUGUUAUUUAUUUGUUUUUGUAUAAAGAACAAUUUCUUUAGGCCUUUUUCCUAUUUCAUUGUUGAAUUUUUUU